AUGUCACAGCUUCAUUUUCCACCGUCCUACAAAACAUCCUACUCACACGUCGAGCCCAUAGAUAAUGUGGAUCAAGCAAAAGUCAAGACCAGAAAUCGAGGUUUGGGCCUUUUCCUGAGGCGCAACAUCACUGUCAGCCUCGCGCUGCUGCUUGGGUUCGCCUGCAUCGCCCUGGUCAUCCGGUUCACACAAUGGUUCAGCACCAAGCUGCCCGUGUGUCCGUCUUGGUCCCUUGAUUGUGCCGUAUCCGGCCGUGUCGAACGUCUAUAUGGCAACUUCGGUGCAGUACAAGGUAUUGUCACUGCAGUAUACUCUAUUGGCCUUGCAGCUCUUGCCUUCUCGGCACAUUCGUUCUCGGAAUCAGCGUUGUGGCCUCUCAUCCAUCAACAGUACUUCAGUAUCGGGCAGAUGGAGACUUAUCUUGAGGCAAGCCGCGGAUCGAUACCGUCUACGCCUCUGGCUAUGUUCAAGGCCCGCACCUUCGAUUCGGUUCUUGUGCUGUUACUGACCACGAUCAUCACACUCACGCCGCUCGUAGCUGCGCCCGUGGUGGGUCAGGUAUACAACAGAGGGAAUAUGACAGUCAAGUACCAGGGCGAACUAAAGACUGGCGGUGGUAUCGGCGUGUACUAUACGCAAUCAAACCCACCUGGCCCUGUGCGAGAGCGAUCGAGCACGCUGUAUACCUCGUGGCAGGGUAAAUUCGCCCCAGAGCCACUUCCUGAUUAUCGAAACUGGUUUAUAGAGCGCAACCUGAUGGUGAAGAGAGGAAACUUCACUGUCGAAACCGUUCGUAUUCAGCAAGAUAUCGAAUGUCGCGGGUGGGAGGCGACACCGAACGAUGUGUGGACAACGAUAGGAAGAGAUGACUUUAUAAGCUUCAACACCAGUAUGCCUAUCCGUAUGGAUGCUGCUGGUGAGCUUGUUGAAGAUAAGUGGCAACACUCUGAGGAGGUUGAGGUCCGAGACGUGGCAAAGCUUGCAGUGUGGGUCCACAACUAUACCUUCGAUAAUGCAAACAAGACGACAGCAACUCUCAUCUUCGCAGCGUUGAACGGAGACAUUGAAGGGGGUUUGACAACCAAGGCCAUGCCGAAAGGUGCAAGAACCAAGAAUGUCACCAGCAUCGCGUGCGAUGUCUCUGUGGAGAUGAUGGAAGACACUCUUCUAGUGGGCGACGCACCCGGUCCAGCUAUAUCCAUCAAUCCGAUGACCAACAUCUUCGUCAUCGGACAAGGGCGGCCCGGGAACCCAAAAUACAUGGGCAAAAUGAACGAAGUGGCCCUGUGGUUCGCCGUUGCUCCCGUCGCCAACGGCGCCUACGUCUACGGCACCCAGCCCAUCGCUACACAUCGACUGACUCGGGCAAAAAACGACGCCUGGACUAUCGCCUACAUCGACAACUUCAUCCGCGUCUCGACCGGCGCGUCCAUGCUCGGCGAAGUCGAUAAGUGGGGCUUCAACGACCCCAAGCACCCCAGCACUGUCCGGUUCCCAUCCUACUUUGCCAUCGUCAAGAUGGACCCCGGGAAAGUGUAUUUGCUGGGCAUCUUGCCGCUUGUUAUAUUGUCGUGCGGUGCGGUCCUGAUGGUCUGGAAUGUCAAGAUGCAUAGGAGUAUGGCGCUUCCUAUCAUGCGCAAGGCGACUCUGGGCGAGAUCAUUAAGAGCAGCCAAACCGCGCAUAUUCGCGGGCCGGCGGCGUAUGAUCAGCAGAAUGCUGCGAAGCCCUCGAGUCUCGAGGAGCUACAUGUCCAGUUCAGGGAGGAUGAGACGGGUUGCUGGGGUCUUUACGGCGCGGAGGGACGCUCAUUACUUGCCUGAUAUGUUGCUUUUCGUGUUCGCAAUAUGUCCAGAAUAUGUUGACAGGGUCUCAACAUAGCUCAGACAUAUGCUGAAUACCAACAUCUUGAUAUAACGAUAUUCGCAGACCCUAUGACGACGAACCAAGCCCGUUUGCGUAGAACCUCAACUCGCUGCAUUACAUUAAAAC